AUGACGGUUCGAAUGUUGCUUCAAGAUGAUUUACGAAGUGUUAGAUGUCAACAAAUAGCCAAUAAAGCGUUUGAAUCAUGGAAUGAUCCAAUGCACAAUCGUCGUCUGAAUCAAAUACAAAUUUUAAUCGAUUUACCAGAUGAUUAUGAACCAGCAAAACAAGUUCGAUCAGUUGUUAAGAGAAAUUUGUCUUUAUUUUGUCUGGAAAUGUCACACAAGAAAACAAAAACCACAAAAGCAAAAGCAAUAAAAUGUGCUAAUGGCUGUAAAACUGAAGUAUCAGGAACUGAUUCAACUCAAAACAAUGCUAUUCAAUGUUGUCAUCAAAGUGAACAAUUCGAAUGGAUUCAACACAAUGACAACUGUUCUCGUUGGCUCUGCAAUGGCUGCAGAAUUACGUUAAGUAUUGAUAUUAAUUCUUUAUGGUUUUGUUGCGAUCACGAAGACAUGCGUGAUGAUAUUGAUGACGAUGAAGCUGAAGAAAACGAACUGUCCUGA